GUGUGCAUCGAUGAUGAAAUCGACGAGAUUCCCGAUGACUGGUGCUGUCCGCACUGCACCAAGAACGGCAAGCCCGAUCCGAAGGAGCUGCGCGAGCAGCAGGCCGCCCUGGCGGCCAAGAAGAAGAAGAAGCAGAAGGACUACGAGGCGAAGCAGAAGGCCGCCGCCGCCUCCUCCAGCUCUUCCAACUCAGCCGGGGCGUCCACGUCAAAGUCAGGGUCCAGCGGUAGCAAACCGCCGGAAAUCGAGAACCGCGACUACUGCGAGAUCUGCAACCAGGUGGGCGAGCUGCUGCUCUGUGACACCUGCCCGCGAGCCUACCACCUGAUCUGCAUGGACAUGGCCGCCGCUCCGUCGGGCAACUGGAGCUGCCCGCACUGCGACGAGCACGGCAUCGACAGCGCCUUCAGCGAGCAGCAGGCCGGAGCGGCUGCCGGCGAGGGCGAGAAGGUGGAGAAGGCGGAGAAGAUCGUCUGCAAGGGCUGCCGCCAGCAGGGCGGCGACAUCGUCUUCUGCGCCACCUGCCCCGCCCGCUACCACAUCCACUGCAUGAACCCGCCGCUGGACGAGGUGCCGGAGACCUGGCACUGCCUCGCCUGCUCGGUGGAGCCGCUGAAGGGCAAGGUGCAGCGCAUCAUCACCUGGCGCUGGAAGAAGGCGGUGGUGGAGGGGGCCGACGGCGAGAAGGCCCUCUCCGCGGAGGACUCCACAAAGAACCUGCUGAAGAACCUGAAGAAUCGAAAGCCCCGCGAACGUGAGUUCUUCUGCAAGUGGAAGGACAUGAGCUACUGGCACUGCUCCUGGGUGGACGAGGGCCAGCUGCAGGUCUUCCACCAGGGCAUGCACCGCAACUUUGUGCAGAAGAACGACAUGAACAAUCCGCCGGAGUCCUACGUCCGCUACGGCAUCAAGCCCGACUGGCUGCUCAUUCACCGGCUGAUCAACCACCGCAAGUCCCGCGGGAAGCUCUUCUACGUCAUCAAGUGGCGCGAGCUGGCCUACGACGAGGUGACCGUGGAGGCGGAGCCGGACAACUGCGAGUUUCCCAUUCCCGACUACAAGAAGAAGGUGGACGAGUACUGGGCGCUCCGUCGGACGGUGGAGGAGGAGCACGCCAUUGAGAAUGACAAGGCCUCGGGCUCGUCUUCUUCAAAGCGCAAGGACAAGGACGACAAGCGCAAGAGCAAGGACAAGAAGGGCGGCGGCAGUACCGGACUCAAGGCACGCGGCCUCGGCUCCGCCCCCAAGUCCGAUCCGAAGAAGAAGUGGGAGGUGCAGCCGGACUACAUUCCGGAGCCGCUGAAGCUGCACGAGUACCAGAAGGAGGGCAUCAACUGGCUGCGCUUCAGCUGGGCCAACGGCAUCGACACCAUCCUCGCCGACGAGAUGGGCCUCGGCAAGACCAUCCAGACGGUGGUCUUCCUCUACUCGCUCUACAAGGAGGGCCACACGCGCGGCCCCUUCCUCAUUGCCGCCCCCCUCUCCACCAUCAUCAACUGGGAGCGCGAGCUGGAGGACUGGUGUCCGGACUUCUACACCGUCAACUACACCGGCCUCAAGGAGUCGCGCAUUAUCAUUCGCGAGAAUGAGCUCAGCUUUGACCCGGACGCCACCCGCUCCUCGCAGAAGGCGAUGAAGCUGCGGAAGAAUGCGCCCGUCAAAUUUCACGUGCUGCUCACCUCCUACGAGCUGAUCAACUCCGACCACACCCUCCUCGGCUCCAUCGACUGGAAGGUGCUGGUGGUGGACGAGGCGCAUCGGCUGAAGAGCAGCUCGUCGCUCUUCUUUCGCACGCUCAACGCCUACAAUGUAGGGCACAAGCUGCUGCUGACGGGCACGCCGCUGCAGAACAACCUCGAGGAGCUCUUCAAUCUGCUGAACUUUCUCAGCCCCAAUCGGUUCAAUGACAUGGAGGGCUUCCUCAGCGAGUUCUCCGACAUUGCCAAGGAGGAGCAGGUGAAGAAGCUGCACGACCUGCUGGGCGCCCACUUGCUGCGCCGUCUGAAGGCCGACGUGCUCUCGGGCAUGCCCGCCAAGUCGGAGUUUAUUCUCCGCGUCGAUCUGGCACCACAACAAAAGAAGUAUUACAAGUACAUUUUGACGCGAAACUUUGAUGCGCUCAACUCGAAGGGCGGCGGCAAACAGGUUUCACUGCUGAACAUUGUCAUGGACCUGAAGAAGUGCUGCAACCAUCCGUAUCUGUUUCCAGUGGCGGCGGAGGAGGCGCCCAAGACCAAGCUGGGCUACUUUGACGGCGGCCCGCUGGUGAAGGCCUGCGGCAAGCUGAUUGUCCUGCAGAAGAUGCUGCGCAAGCUGAAGAACGACGGCAACCGCGUGCUGAUCUUCUCGCAGAUGACGCAGAUGCUCGACAUACUGGAGGACUUUCUCGACGCGGAGGGCUACAAGUUUGAGCGCAUCGACGGCUCCAUCACCGCGCGAGCCGGCGGCCUGGGCAUCAACCUCGCCACGGCGGACACCGUCAUCAUCUACGACAGCGACUGGAAUCCGCACAAUGACAUUCAGGCGCUCAGUCGGGCGCACCGCAUCGGCCAGACCAACAAGGUGAUGAUCUACCGCUUUGUGACGCGCAACAGCGUCGAGGAGCGCAUCACCCAGGUGGCGAAGAAGAAGAUGAUGCUGACGCACCUGGUGGUCCGCCCCGGCCUGGGCUCGAAGACCACCAAUGCGACCAUGUCGAAGCAGGAGCUGGACGACAUUCUCCGCUUUGGCACGGAGGAGCUCUUCAAGGAGGAGGAGGGNGGGCUCGAAGACCACCAAUGCGACCAUGAGGGCGGCGGCAGCGAGGCGGCCAUUCACUACGACGACAAGGCCAUUGAGGAGCUGCUGGACCGCUCCAAUGAGGGCAUCGAGCAGAAGGAGAUGUGGGCCGAUGAGUACAUGAGCAGUUUCAAGGUGGCCAGCUACCAGACGAAGGAGGCGGAGGAGGAAGAGGAGGAGGAGGUGGAAGAGGUGAAGGAGACGAAGGAGGAGCCCUCGCAGGACCCGCACUACUGGGAGAAGCUGCUCGGCAUUCACUACAUUCAGUAUCAGGACAACAUCUCGCGGACGCUGGGCAAGGGCAAGCGGGUGCGCAAGCAGGUCAACUACAUGGACAGCGCCUCGGGGCAGCACGAGUUCCAGAAUGCCGACACCAGCGAGAGCUCGGACUUUUCGAUGCCGUCAGACAUGAGCGAAAACGACGAGGACUUUGAUGAGCGCCUGGAGGGCAUUCCUCGUGGCAACCAGAAGGCGCUGCGCAAGAGCACCAAGGAGAAGAUGCCGCCGCUGGUGUCCACGGUGGGCUCCAACACUGAGGUCCUCGGCUUCACUCCCAAACACCGCAAGCUCUUCCUCGACCUG